AUGGAGGGUUCUGAGCAUUUGAGAGGAGAAAAGGAGGUCCCUACUGCCAUGGAUGCCAGCAGGGCUUUGAUUGGAGCAGGGCCGCCUCUUCCGGAAGCAGGCACCGAUGCAAUGGACGUCGACGAGUACGCGCCGCACCCCCUGGGCAAGGAGACGGUGCAGGAGGCUGUGAUGACAAACUCCAUUGAAGAAGUGGUGCUCAACUCAAGCACCUUGCUGGAGUUAGCAGAUCAGCUGACGCCAGACGAGCCAGGGUGGCCUGAUGUUGCAGACAAAGCCCUGCCGGAGAAUGCUGGUCACAUGUCGGUCUCGUUGCAAAGGGACGCAGACGGAAUGCUGACGUCGGGUCUGGAGUCGGGUGUGCAGCUGCCAGCAGCUGCAGUUGACGGCCAUCCUGCAUCGAUGGUAGGUUCGGGAGCAUCAGAGCUAGCUGCUGGGGCUUCCAUUGACAGAUUAGGCGCCACCGCUGACCCCGAGUGGAAGCCGCCUUCAUCAGCAGACGAGGUUCUGGCCAAAGCACCACCGGUGCGCGUACAGAGGGUUCAAAGGCAGCUGAAAAGGAAGAGGGAUGCAGAGUUCCUGUAUGAGGGAGAUGAAGAUUGGGAAACAUUGAUUGAGCGGGGGAAGGCUGGCCAUCGCCGGAAUCUCCUAGGAGGCAUCGCAGCUACAGGUCCAAAGGGGCAACGUGUGGAAGUAGAACCGGGGGUGUUUGCUGCAGUCACCGCCGGGCUUAAGGCAAAGGUGCUGCUUCCAUCCGAGUUGAUCAGGUUCAAAGAGCAGCUCAAGAAAAGGGCGGGCAAAGAAGAUUACCUCGCUGCAAGGAACCUGGUCUUGGCGCUCUGGGAGAAGGACAUAUCCCGGGUCCUCCAACUCACUGACUGCAAGGUGACCCCCACAGCCACUCCUGGAGAGUCCCCCGGGGCUCCUCUCAUCCGGGAGGUCUUUGAGUUCCUCGACCGGCGGGGUUUCAUCAACUGUGGGAUUGCUGGUAGCAGACGUGCGCUGGCCCGGAAAAAGGGGGCAGUUUCAGAGAAGGGGGACGUCCCAGUCAAAUUAGAAGCAGCGGGCCAGGGAGAGGAUGCUGUUGGCAUGACGGUAGAGUUUCUUGAAGCUGACGAGAAUGGCAGUGGAGGAGUGGAUGCGACCCAGGUGAUAGUUGAGCCAGCUGCUGCAAUCAAAGAGGAGGGCGGGUUGGUUGGGAGUGAAAUAGAAAUUGCUGGAGUUGCUGCAAUGGAAGUGGCCGUUGAGACCUCGAAGAAGGAAGCAGACGCUUCCGCAAACAGGACGGAAACGAAGGAAGUAAAGCAGGAGCAAAAUGUUCCAAAUGACGAAGCUACGGCAUCUAAGGCUGAGGCUGCAACGAUGCCUGUUGAAGAACCGAAAGCUGUUUCAGAAAAGGAGGUAGUACGUGGCCUGCGGGCGCUCCUCCGUGCGGCGGAUUUGCAGACGCUGACAGAGCGGCAGCUUAGAAAGCAGCUGGAGGCCAAGCUGGGUCUGGACUUGACAGACAAAAAGAAACUUUUGAGGGCACAUAUUGAGGCAUUCUUGAGAACGGGUCAGGUCGAGGACGACACUGACGAUGAGGACCUUGGCCUGAGGAGAGCGAAGGGGAAGCCUGCAGUGAAGGCCGAGGUGGAAAAGCCUGGUUCUGCAGAUGGUAAUGAUGAGAAGGCGGCCGGGGUCUUGGACAGUGCUGGGAAGAAGGGCAAGAAGGAGGAGGAGCGAAAGAAGCGGAGGGUCGUUGUGGUGGGGGCGGGGCCAGCAGGGUUAGCUGCCGCGCGGCACAUGCAAAGACUGGGACUGGAGGUCAUUGUCAUUGAGGCGCGCAAGCGGGUGGGGGGCCGCGUGCACACCGACAAGAAGACCUUUUCUGCUCCGGUUGAUCUUGGCGCCAGCAUCAUCACCGGCAUUGAGGCCGAUGUAGUGGGGGAGAGGCAGCCAGACCCCAGCGCACUAGUGUGCAAGCAGCUGGGCACCGAGUGCGUUCCCCUCGGGCAGCUUUGCCCGCUGUAUGAUGUGGUCACGGGGGCGCUUGUCACACCGGAAGUGGAUACAGCGCUUGAGGCGGAGUUCAACGCCCUGCUGGACGAUACGGCCCUUAUCCCAGCCGACAAGGCAGAAGUCGCCAGCAUGUCGCUGGAAGAGGGGCUUGAAGCGGCGCUCCUCUCCCGGCGGCAGAAAGCAAGGCGGGUUGCAUCCUCAUCAGCUCCACAACCAAAUGGGCCUUUAGUCAGCAGGCCCAGCGGAGAUGUGGACAUGGAUCCAGCAGCCCUCGCGCCAGUCAGUACUGCAGUAGCAAUGAGCGUAGAAGCAGGUACAGCUACGUCAAACGAGGUCGCCCUUAGGCUAGGAUUGCCAGUAGAAGAAGGUUCAGCUACCAAGGACCUGAGCAGUCGCUCGGGGGCGGUUGUGCAUUCGGGCCAGGAACCAGACGCGGGACCCGGGACGGAUCACGAAGAGAAUGGGUUAGGCGUUGAGGGUUUCAUUACUCCCGAGGAGAGGCGAGUCCUGGAUUGGCACUACGCCAACUUGGAGUACGGUUGUGCUGCCCCGCUGGGGCUCGUGUCGCUGCCGCACUGGAACCAGGACGAUCCGUUUGGGGGCUUCGGAGGGGCGCACUGCAUGGUCAAGGGAGGGUAUGGCCACGUGAUCGAAGCUCUGGCAGAGGACCUGGACGUCCGGCUGGGCUCUGUGGUGUCCGAAAUCUCGUACCCCCCUUCACCGAGCACCAGCAAGUCGGCAGAUCCCCCGUCCGUCAAAACCGUCGCUGGGGAGACGUUUUCCUGCGACGCCGUGCUGCUGACCGCUCCCCUUGGCUGCUUGAAAGCGGGCGACGUGCGGUUCUCCCCGCCCCUGCCUGAUUGGAAGCAGGAGGUCAUCCAGCGGCUAGGGUAUGGCAACCUGAACAAGGUGGUGAUGCAGUUUCCGACGUGUUUCUGGGACACGUCGGUGGACUACUUCGGGGCUGCGGUGGAGGACGGGCACGACCGGGGCAACUGCUUCAUGUUCUGGAACCUGCACAGGGUAUGCGGUCAGCCAAUCCUUCUCGCGCUCAUCGUCGGUGAGGCAGCCCAAGCCGCUGAGGCCCGGCCCGAUGCUGACGUCAUCGGUCACGCAGUGGCGGUCCUCCGGCGGCUCUUUGGCCCCGACGCUGUGCCGGAGCCGUCGACCACACGUGUCACGCGCUGGGGCAGCGACCGGUUCAGCCGGGGGGCGUACUCAUACGUGGCGGUGGGAGCAACGGGAAAGGACUACGACCUGAUGGCGGCGCCCGUGGAGAAGGCGCUCUUCUUUGCGGGAGAGGCCACGUGUAGGGAGCACCCCGAUACGGUGGGCGGCGCCAUGCUGAGUGGGCUGCGCGAGGCCGUCCGCAUCGCGCACCUCCUGGAGCACAACCGCGACACCUUAGCGGAAGAGGAAGCGCUCGUGUCGGCGCGCAAGACCGCUGACGACUCCAAGGCCGAGAUUCGCGAAGUGGUUUACAAGGUCGAGCACUCCACGCCCGAGACGCGCGUGUCCGUUCUGGAAUCUCUCUUGGCGUCGACGCGCACUCCGGGAGGUCGGAGCGCGCUGGCCAACAAGCUGGUGCAGCUACCGGACCGCGAGCUCCGAAGCUUUGCGGGCACCCGUGCCGGGCUGAAGGUGUUGGACGGCUGGAUGGCGGACGCGCUGGCGGCGGACACGUCCGGGACGCAGCUGCUGCGGCUGGGGCUCAAAAUCCUGCUGGUCGCGGCGGUGGACCUGGGGGCGGUCAAGGUGUCGGGCGUGGCGCGGACAGUCCGCGAGAAGGCGCUGGCGCACCCCAGCCGAGAGAUCCGCGUUCUCGCCAAGGAGCUAGUCGACCGCUGGAUCGCCAUCUUCAAGCGCCAAAAGGCGCUGCGUCUCGCCCAGCAGCGCUCUGUCAGUCCGAAGCUUCUGGCAGCCUCAGUGCCGGAGCCAACAGCUGAGGAGACUCAGGUGGUGAAGAUUGAGGAGCCCGUACGGGAAGAGGCGGCGAAGGAACUCUCAGAAGCGGAGCUGGCGUUGAAGAAAGCGGCGGAGGAGGCGGAAGCGGCGGCGCUUGCCGCUGAAGAGGCGCUUAAGGCCGCGGAGGACCGCCUGACGAGCAGCAUGUCGGCCCUGCCCGAGAUUGUCUCCUUCUCCAAGUACGCCAAAAAGGACAAGCGGCCGGAAGACAAGCGCGCGCCGCCCGAGCGGCUCCGCUCGGAGGACUGGAGAAACUCACGGGAGACGGCGUCCCCGGCAGAGGCGGCACGUGCACCGCCGUCGGACGGGAAGAAGCGGGGGCACGAAAAAGGGAAGGGGUCGUCGGGAGACUUGAGAGCGCUGGAGAAGCGGCGGAGCCACGAGAAGGAGCGGGGCGCGGAGGGAAGAAAGGGGCAGCCCGUGGACCCGAGGGUGCGGGACGGGAGGGGGAGCCACGAGAUAGCGCGCAAGGAGGGGAGCGAGAAGGACGUCGCAGGGGGGGUGCAGGGGACCGGCGGUCCGGGCAGCUUGAGGGGCGCAGUGGACGGGCAGGUUGCGGGAGCGGCGGUGAAGGAGAACGAGAACGGGCAUGUGGCUGCUUUUGCGGGGGCCGUAUCGCAGCCAGGCGUUCCCAUGGGACCUACUGCGAUGAACGCUGGACAGGGGAUUGGAGCAGGCUCGGUGCCAAGCACAGGGACGGGGUUGGGCAGCUCGGAAGGAGCAGCGAAGCAGGUAGGGGCGGGGACGGUCAGUCCAGAGGAGGAGUACGACCCGUUUGGGGAGGAUGACGUGGCGCCGGGGCCGACAGCUUCAGCGCUGGGAGAAGCUGACAUCACCGAAGCGUCGGCGCUCCUGGCGGGGCUGCAAGAUGCCUUCCAGGGGGCCGAGAACGUCGGGCAGUCGCAAACCCCUAGGGACGCUCCCGCAACUCAACCGAGUCCGGGGAUCCCUCUUGCGGGCUUGGUUGCACCCCCGCCAGCGGUAGGGGGGGUGGGUCCGGCGGGCGGGCCCACGGCGGGAGGGCCCCAGGAGACGCGGCAAGGUGGAGGGGCUUCCACGAACGGGCCCGGCGGGGGGUGGCCAGUCCUAGAGAAUGAUGGGGGAGGCAGCGGAAUCAACUACGAGUACGACCCAGCGCAGACAUGGGCGUCCGCGGAGAAGGCGGCGCGGCGCGUUGACGCGGCCGCGGGGAAUGGGGUGAAGGACCGGAAGCAUGCGGUCCAGGAGGUCGUCAUUGCGGUUCUCAAGCCGGUGUACAACUCCAAAGGCAUCAGCAAGGACGACUUCAAGACGAUUCUGAAGAAGGCGACUGCCAAGGUGCUCGAAAGGCAGACGCCCGCGGAGAAACAGCUGAACGACGGGGAGUUUAUGACGUCAAAACGAAGGAGCAAGAUAGAAGCACUGGUCGAAGGCUACGUGGAGAAAUACCAAGCGGCCGCAUCACAAAAAGGGAGGAACCGGUGACAGGAGAAACUCGAUGUAGCUCUUGCGCAACACUGGGCACCUUUGUCGAUCGCAAGACCCACUUUGGCGAGCGUUGUAACUUGCAAGUUCGGCUUUGCAGCUUCGGAAUUCUUGCUUCGCCGGUCGCUCCAUCAGGGAGCCGAGCCACCGUUCACCUCUUUGUAAUGCAAACCUUCAAGGCUUCGCUAUGCAGAUAAAAGACUUUUCCUUGAUGUGAAGCAAUUCUGUUCAUCGUCGAACCUGCAAUGGUGAGUUUUCUGCGGUAAUGGCCAGUCACGGAAAGAACGUUGGUCUAACACAAAUGUGGUGCGUGGUAGGGUGCGGAGGUCUUGUCACCUUUACGGUUGUCCAUAAAAUGUGGACAAGAGGUUGAUUGCAGCGCACGGCAGUGGUUCCCGGUAGCUUUGCAGUGCAAGAUGGUGCAAGAACAUCAUUUUGUACGACUCGUCAGUCACGCAG